AUGUCUUCGGCAAGACCUUCCCGUCAUCACCACGGGAUUCGAUAUGCCUCGGCUGAUCAUGAUAGACUGAAGCGCGCUUUGUUGCAGCCCGUUCAAGCAUGGGAAAAGAAAUGGCAGUAUCCAGUUAGCGGUGGGAAGAAUUUUAUGCUGUAUAAAUGGGUCAAAUGUAACAGAAAAAUGACAUUUGAUGAAGAGGAUGACGAAGAUGAAGAAAACCAGCAACAUCAUCAAGCUGAAGACACACCGACCCCAACAGCAUUCUCCCUUGCCCCGCCAACAGAAGCCUCAACUCCACUACCAUCCGAAUCGGACGAAAACCGUCUACUUCGCCCACCUCCACACCUUACAUCUGCUAAAUCAACCUCCUCACUGCGCGGAUCAUCUGUUCCUUCUGCUGUGUCCACCCCACUAAUAGGCGUUAACACUCCGCAAGAAGCAGAAUCAUCGGCUGUCGAUAGUCCAGACAAUGAUGAAGAUGAGGAAAUGGCUGUAGACGAGAGUAGUAGUACGGAUGUCAUUGAGAGGAAAGAAGGUGUUAUCAGCAGUAACACUAGUCAUAUCGGAGACGUGAAAAUUGAGGGUGUGGGAAUUGUAAGUGAAGGGAGUACGGAGAAGAUAGGAAAGGUGGAUAGCAAGGAUAAGCAAGACGAAAUUAAACAAGGCGAGGACGAGGUCAACGUUGGUGGUAUUGAUAAUAUCAACAUUGGUGGAAUUGAUAAUAUCAACAUUGGCGGUAUUGAUAGUAUCAACAUUGGCGGUAUCGAUAAUAUCGAUAUUGACGUUAUUGAUAAUACCAACAUCAGCAGCAUUGAUAAUACCAACAUCAGUAAUCCCAACAUUAGUAGUAUUGGUAAUCCCAGCAUCAGCGGCAUCGACAAUAUCAACAUCGGCAGUAUCGAUAACGCCGACAUUAGCAACAUCGAUAAUAUCAACAUCAGCAGCAAUGAUAAUCUUGGUGGAAACAUUGAUAGCGUAGACAACAUCUCUAUGGCUGUUAAUAUGGACAUCUUUGGUGGUGGACAGGAAACUGGAGGCGAGAAGGAGGACGCAAGCCGAGUGGGAGGAUUAAAGGUUGGUGACUUCUGGAAUCCAGCCGGAGAAUCGACUGCCCAGAGUAGCGAGAUUGGUGAACAAAAUAGUCCUUAUCGGGACGUUGGU